UCAACCGCCGUCUCAAACUCACGCUCCUCAACCGCCGUCUCAAACUCACGCUCCUCAACCGCCGUCUCAAACUCACGCUCCUCAACCGCCGGCUCAAGCUUACACUCCUCCGCCCGCUACGGUUCAGGCUUCGUCCAGUUCGGCUCCUCCGUCUGCGGUGGCUCCGCUGAUCGCCGAGAUGGAGCAGAAGCUCACAUUGACGAUACCUCCACCGGCGUCGUCCAAGGCCAUUAGACUUCCGGCGAGGCCAGGAUUUGGGACGUUGGGGACGCGGAUUCAAGUGAGGGCUAACCACUUCUUGGUGGAGGUUAAGGAGAGAGAUCUCCAUCACUACGAUGUGUCAAUUACCCCUGAAGUUACUUCAAAAAAGACCAACAGAGAUGUGGUUAAACAGCUUGUUCAUCUGUACAAAGAUUCACACUUGGGAAAGAGAACCCCAGCUUAUGAUGGUAUGAAAAGCAUUUACACAGCUGGGCCAUUGCCAUUUGUCUCUAAAGAGUUUGUGGUCAAGUUGGGUGAGAGAGAUGGUCGUGAUGGGUCUUCUGGUUCCAAAAGAAAGGACAGAGAGUUUAAGGUGGCUGUAAAAUUGGCCAACAAACCAGACCUUCAUCAAUUACAACAGUUCUUAAACAGCAGGCAACAUGAGUCGCCUCAAGAAGCCAUACAAGUUCUUGAUGUUGCUCUUAGGGCCGCACCAUCUGACAAGUACACUGUCAUUGGGAGGUCUUUCUUUGGCAUUGAGCUUGGGCCGAAAGGAGAACUUGGUGAUGGUCUCGAAUAUUGGAGAGGAUUUUACCAGAGUUUAAGGCCAACACAGUUUGGACUUUCCUUGAAUAUAGAUGUAUCGGCCAGAUCUUUUUAUGAACCCAUUCUGGUGACUGAAUUUGUUAAAAAACAUUUUAACUACAGGGAUCUAUCCAGGCCUUUGUUUGAUCGUGAUCGUUUGAAGGUGAAAAAGGCCUUGAAGGGGGUUAAGGUUGCACUUGCUUACAGGGAUAAUAGGAGUUAUAGGAUCACUGGAGUGUCCACAGAACCACUGAGCCAUUUAACGUUUACUUUAGAAGACAACCAAACCCAAACUUCAGUAGUUCAAUAUUAUCGUGAGAAAUACAAUAUUGUACUAAGAAAUGUGGCUAUGCCUGCUUUACAAGCUGGGAGCGAUUCGAAACCUGUUUAUUUACCUAUGGAGCUUUGUUCAAUUGUUGCUGGGCAACGAUACUCGAGGAAGCUCAAUGAAAGACAAGUCACAGCCUUACUAAGAGCGACUUGUCAACGUCCUAGCGAUCGGGAGAGGAACAUAAAGCAGAUGGUUAAGCAAAGUAAUUUUAAUGGAGAUCAACUGAUCAAAGAUGAAUUUGGGAUGCAAGUAAGAGAGGAUAUGGCUUUAGUUGAUGCUCGAGUUUUGCCUCCUCCAUUGCUAAAAUACCAUGACCAAGGUCGUGAAACAAGGGAAACUCCACGGAUGGGGCAAUGGAACAUGAUUAACAAGAAAAUGGUAAAUGGUGGAAGAGUGGAUUUCUGGGCGUUUGUCAAUUUCUCGGGAUUGAGGGAAGAUUUUAACUUCCGAUUCUGUGAUGAUUUGGUGAAUAUGUGCAAAAGCAAGGGCGUGGAUUUCCAUGUCCAACCUUUAAUUCCCAUAGAAUCAGCCAAUCCUAGGCAGAUUGAGAAGGUGCUCAAAGAUAUUCAUAGGGAGUCUACUAAGAGACUUGAAGAAAUUGGACAUAAGGGGAAGUAUCUUCAGCUGUUGAUUAUCAUUUUGCCCGAUGUCACUGGGUCUUAUGGGAUGGUUAAGCGAAUAUGUGAAACUGAGCUUGGAAUUGUGUCUCAGUGCUGUCAGCCUAGGGCAGCAUCCAAGCUUAGUAAACAAUAUCUUGAAAAUUUAGCCCUCAAGAUAAAUGUGAAGGUUGGUGGAAGAAACACUGUUCUAAAUGAUGCCAUUUUCCGGAGGAUUCCUCUGGUUACUGAUAUCCCCACAAUUAUUAUUGGUGCGGAUGUUACUCAUCCACAGCCUGGGGAGGACAGUAGCCCGUCAAUUGCAGCUGUCGUGGCCUCCAUGGAUUGGCCAGAGGUCAGUAAGUACCGAGGAAUAGUUUCUGCACAGGCUCACCGUGAGGAAAUAAUCCAAGAUCUGUAUAGUUUAUAUCAGGAUCCUCAGAAGGGUUCAGUUCAUGGAGGAAUGAUCAGGGAGCAUUUUAGAGCAUUUCGAAGAUCAACUGGCCGAAAACCAGAGAGAAUUAUCUUCUACAGAGAUGGAGUUAGUGAAGGUCAGUUUAGUCAAGUUCUGCUCUAUGAAAUGGAUGCUAUAAGAAAGGCUUGUGCUUCCUUGGAGGAGGGAUAUCUGCCACCAGUUACUUUUGUAGUGGUGCAGAAAAGACAUCAUACUCGCCUGUUCCCUGCUGAUCAUAACAGACGUGAUCAAAUGGAUAGGAGUGGCAAUAUUCAACCAGGUUUCAAAUAUUUUUGGUUCAUUUUCAUCAAAUAAAUAUGAUAUUUUUUCCUCUUGGAGCACUAAUUGUUUCUACCUUGUCUAGGCACUGUUGUUGACACCAAGAUUUGCCACCCUACAGAGUUUGAUUUUUUUCUUAACAGUCAUGCUGGAAUUCAGGGUACUAGCCGGCCAGCGCACUACCAUGUGCUGUUUGAUGAGAACAGGUUCACUGCUGAUCAAUUGCAAAGUCUAACGAAUAAUUUAUGCUACACGUAUGCAAGGUGUACCCG